AGUUAAGCAUCAAUAAGCAAACAAGUUUAAAUUCGUGAAUACUUAAAAUGUACAAUAAAUACUCAAAUUGUCCUGAUUUAAGGUCUAAAAUGGAUACGGAUAGUAAAGAUAAAAUUAAGAAACAGAAAAAAUCACAAAUUUCAAGAAAACCAGGCAAGACUCGAACGAUAAUUGAAAAUAUCAAGCAAGAAAGAAAUGAAAAGAAUACAGAAGAAUUUGAAUGUUUAAAUGCUGUGCUUAAUGUGAUCGAAACGCUCAAAAAGUCAUACAAUUUGGAAACUAAAGUUGGACAAAAUCUGGGAAAAAAUGAUACCAAAGAUGCUAAUUUGCCAACAAUUCGUGACUGUCAAGUAUUAUUGAAGGAUAUAAAGAAUCAAGCUAAUACUUUUAAUCAUGAGUUGAUGGAUAUAUCUGCUAUCAAAACUGAGCUUGGAGAAGAUUUUAAAAUGAAUUUAAGCUCAGAAGCCUUAAAAAGUUCCAAAAUCUCAUCAGAUCCUGACAUAAAUCGACUUAAUCGUAGAUUCAAUUGCAGUUUUUGUCACAAAAGCUUCACAUCUCGAUGUUACUUGUCCAUUCAUACGAAAUCACACCAUAAAAGACCUAGAAAAUUAUCUUAUAGCUGCAACAUUUGUAAUUUAAAGUUUACAACAAAAUCUAUUCAUAAAUCACAUGCCAAACGUAAGCAUUCCAAUGUAAAUCGUCAAAUGAGGCUAGCAAUAUGA